AUCCCAUAAUCAUAAUAAUUACUUCUAAUAUCUCAUAACAUCACAUCAUGCCUCCAAUACUGGGUCUUCGUCAGGCAUCAGCAAACCCAUCAUUCCUCUCCAUCCUCCGGAGCCUUGUUUUCACAUACCCCGUGACGCAGGAGCUUCUCACAUCUUCGACAUUCAAGCUCAUAAAUCCCCGGAACCAUGUCAUUGUCACCGACCAAGUAUCAGUGCGCUUACCAGCAUCAUCUAUCUCGGGCCUGAGCGACGAAGCUGUCUUGGCCUUGUUUACGCGCGGGUUUUUCGGCGGGAAAGUGUUUGCUAUUGAGCGGCUCUACAUGAAGUUGGGCGGGUGGAAGACAAUACCAACCGGAUAUUCCGGCUUCAAGAGUCUCCCGACAGAGAGAAUAGAGUGGAACCAUCACAAUAUCCCCGCUAUGUCCUUUAUGCCUGUAGGAGACAUUUUAUUUGGGGCAUUUCAACUUGUCGACUCGCAUCUCAAAUUGGCCCCCUCUGACCCGCUUCCUAGCUACCUUGAUUUUGGGUUUGGGUCAGACAGGGGCUAUUUUGCGGGAUGCCAUAGAUUCUCACUUCACAGGGGCCUGGAAUCGGAGAAGGAUAGCGAAUUGGGCAGCUUAAAUGUUGCCGGGACUGCUAGCGAUGCGGAUAUGCUAGAAGACGGCGAAGUGGAGGUGAGGCUGGAGCAUUUCAGGUGCAACCCUAGCAAAAAUGUUCCUUCUUGGGCAGAGUGUAUCUCUUGGUUUCAUUGUUGGUAUGCCAAAUUUUUGUUUGCGGACGGAAUCAGCAGCGUGUUGAAACGAUGAGAUCAGAUAUUAUAUUAUUGGAGUUUUUGGAGGAAAGGAAAUAUCUCACGGCGUUUGGAGGGGGUAAGGACAUCUCCCAUGGUGCAUGGAUAGGUUUAAAUGGUAUCUAUUACGGCUUUUGGUCAGGCUGGAGGAAAUCUCCCAUGGCGUUAGCAAGUCAAAUAGAGGAUCAAUCGCCACAAGUAUAGUUAAAACUCUCUGCUAGAAUGUACAAUAUCUUAAUAAGGCCGAUGUGGUCUUCAAAUACCGCA